GAUAUAUCGAAUAUCGAUAAACAUUUCUAUCACGAUCUCCAUAUGUAAUUCUGUUGUGUGAAUAUCACAUGGCAAUACUUAUUUUCUAUAGUUUGGUGUUACACCUAGCAUUUUAAGGGGAGGUACGGAUUCAGGACGCAUACUGAUUUGCUGGUCGGCGGUGGAUUUGGUCGACCGCGUACCCGUUAGCGUGAUUAUAAUAGUGAGAAAAAGCGCAGUUAGGAUUGCUGACACACUCCACCUUUAGAGAUGUUUGACGUCAAAGUUAAGAAGCAUAAAGUUUCAAAGAAGACCAAAAGAUCAUGGAGAAAAUACAGUGAUGUUCAAGAUAUAGAUGCGUUUCUUGAUAAUAACAGAUUAGAAGAACGAUUGGGUGUUCCUUUCUCCGAGCGCACAGAUUUGCAAUUGUUUACAAUCGACAAAACUGCAAUUAAUGCAACUAGAAAUACAACUUCUAAACGUGCUACGAGAUUAGCAUUGAAAAAUAAAGAACCAAGAUGUUUUGUUUCUUUGAAAGCACAUACGUGCGUGCCAGAUCCGAUUUCUAAAAGAAAUCGAGUUAGUGCCAAGAAAGAACGCAUAAAUUCUGUAUUACAACAUGAAAGGGAAAAGAAAAUAAAGAAUAUUUUACAAUUAAAAGAGAAGAAAGCAUUAAAAAAUAUAUUGCGUGCAAAUACUUCAGUGAACUGUUCUGAGAGAGGAGAGAUUAAAGACGACAUAUGGAAUGGCACAAAUAUCUUGUUGCCAGAAACAGUCAUGGAAUGGAUGUCUUCAGACAGUGUUAGACAUACGAUUAAGUAUUUAGGAGUGACGAAAAGAAAAUUACCUUCAUCAUUAGGUAAAAAACCAUCUAUUUUAUCUGCAGUAGAGAUGCCACAUCCAGGAACAUCUUACAAUCCAUCGUACAACGAUCAUCAGAAAUUAUUGAAUGAAGUUGCGAAGAAAGAAUUAGAACUUAUAAAGAAAGAAGAGCAUUUAGACAGGGUCACCACUCGGUUGUUUCAAAAAAUUUCAUUAAAGAAACAAGAAGAGAAUAUGAUGAAAGAAAUGUCAGAAGGUUUGUCAAAGAAUUGCAUCACGUUAAAUUAUAAAUCUGACCAUGAUCAAGAAGAUUCAGCUGAAAAAACAAAUAGUAAAUCUGUAAAGAAUAACAAAAAGACGCUUGUACAAAAAAGGAAACAACGGGAGCAGAAACAAGCAGUUAAAGAACGUACGUUGGUAAAACUUGAGAAGAAAAAAGUCUCUGACAUAUAUAAAUUAAAAGUUCUGCAAAAGGAAAUAGAAGCCAAAGAGAAAAAGCAAGAAUUUUUGCGCCAGAAACGUAUCAAAAAAUAUGAAAGGGAAUCUCUUAUGCCAAAGACAUUGAGUAGGACGAAGUUUGAACCCAUUGAUCCUGAUUUUCAGUUAGCAGAAGAAUUAACUGGCAAUUUGAGGAAUUGUAAACCCUCUAAAAAUUUACUGAAAGAACGAUAUAAAUCGCUUCAACAAAGAAACAUUAUUGCACCAGCCGUCAUAAAAUUGAAACGGGACAAAGCAAAGAUGAAAAAGUUUAUAAAGCCCGAUUAUAAAAUAAACUUAGAUGACAUCGAGAAGUCUACAACCUUUUCCAAUAAAAACAGGAUUUAAUGUCUGAUUCAAUCUAAUACUUUGCCAACAGUGUAGCAAGCACGUCACAGGCGUGCUAAUUCAUCGUAUCUUAUGUUGCAGCGACGUCUCAACUGGUGUUCGAAAUGUGACUGACAUCUAGUUAUUAUGUAACUAACAGUUGAAUUUCUGGUGACAAAAAUGUUGUGAUGUGUAUUUAUAAUUUUAUACGGGCUGAAAAUAAUCAACCAAUUUUGAGAAGUUAAGAUUAAUUUUUACUGUAUUGUGUAUGUAAAAUGCUUACCAAGCAAAAUAUAUGAAGAUGGCCUUCAAGACAUAA